AUCUAAAAAUUGAUUACACAGCACUCUCUUUGCCCCCGUUUGCCCCCACUUCAAGGUUUCAGAGGGUGGGAAAAAUACCCUUGCCCCCCUGUUGCGCCCCUGCGUACAAUAAACUGAACGUCGACAGAGCGCUGUGAGAAAAUCGUUUCGCCGCAUAUAUCGAUUGUCGAGUGCGACCCGCGCGCCAGCCACUUAGCCGCCACUGUGCCGCCUGCACUCGUCAGCUGAAGACGCGGCGAGGUCGUGAUGUGUUGGCGUAGGUCGUGCUCAGGGUCUAGGUGACGGGUGCAACUGCGGAAAUGGGUGCCAGGCAGAGCAACCUAAGUGAUACCGAGUCUCCACCAGUUACCGUGCCACAAAGUCGUGACCAAAGGUACAUGAUGAUUCAGGAGUUAGACUGCAUCAGCAGCGAUCUCUUCCAACUCAGGGACGAAGAGGUGCGAGCGCCCCAGCUCCCUGUCGACAUCGAAGAUGAUCUCGUCAUAUUCAUGCUUUGCGACGACGAGAAGAGCUUCAGGGAGGCACUGGCGAGACAUGGCAACACCGACGGGAUGUUUUCCGCCGAUGUUUGCGUGGCAACAGCAUGUUGGCGGGACAGCAGUGGGAAGUAUUUGCGAAUCCUUUUGGACAGUGGACUGGACCCGAAUGCCAAGAUUCCUCGUCUUGCGGUGAGGGAUACGUUUCCCACGACGAUGGCUGUGAACGAGUGCCGGCUGGAGAUAAGCAUCGAGGAGCACACCAAGAGAGAAACAAACAAGCGUGCCGUUCAUCUCGCCGCUGGGGCUGGUAACAUCGGGGCUCUUCGCGAGCUUCUGGGCAGAACAGGGACGGAGUACAAUGUUGAAGACAGCCACGGGAACACAGCCUUGCAUUAUGUGUCGUGUGCCAGGUACAGGGACAAGGCCAACAAAGGCAGGUUCGACGAAUGCACCCAGCAGUUGAUGGACAUGCCAGAAAUAAAUGUCAAUGUUGUAAACAAGGAUGAUUUGACGCCGGUGCAAAUGGCAGCGAGGUGCGGAAAUUUCGUGGUGCUGAAAGUCCUUCUGGGUCACAAGAAAGUGAAGACAAUACCGAAGGACAGCAACAAAAACACUCUCUUGCACAAACUCUCCGAGAACCCUGAUGCUGCCAUUGGUAACAAUGAACUAAUAGAGCUUUGUGUUAUUUUGUUACUUAGUCGCAAGGGCAUCGAUAUAAAUGCCAGGAAUAACAGAGGCAACACUGCUCUUCACUUGGCUGCGCGUUUUGCGAAUCUCGCUGUGCUCAAGACGCUGAUGAAGUACUCAGAAACUGAUGUUUUUGCUGUGGGUAGUCAGGGUAGAAACUUGCUGCACUUUGCUGCCGAGUGUUGGUUUGUUACAGUUGAAGAUGCUGAGAGAGCAAAAGUCUGCCUUAAUUUUCUCUUGGACUGGAGAGAUGCUAGUACAUCUGAGGCCCUUGAUGUGAAUCAGAAGGAGAAAAGAGGAUAUACUCCAGCUCAUCUUGCAUUAGUCAGCAAAAAUCAAGAUGGUGCUCUGACAUUGUUGCGUCGGGGAUCUAAUAUCUGGGAGACUUGUAAUAAUGGGAGGUACCUUCUGGAUGACAUAGCUCCAGAUACUCUGGAAGAAUUCCUCGAUUCAUGCCUGGAUCAUUCUGGUGAACCUCAUAAAAGGUCCUAUACUGUUUAUUUCAAGUACCUUUUUGUUCCCCCUGCAACUUGCAACUCUUCUGGUGGAAUAGAGGGUGAGAUGAGAGUUAUUGAGCACAUAAGUAGUAAGAAACAUCUCAGGCAUUUGAUUCUCCAUCCAAUUAUUAGAAGUUUUUUGAAUUUAAAGUAUCAUAGAUUAAGGCUCCCAUUUUAUUUUAACAUUUGGCUUUAUACAGUGUUUGUUUUGUGCCUUAGCGCGUAUUUAUCUGUAGAAAUGGUACGUGUAGAAAGUGGAGUAUCUGAAAGCAAUGUAAUUCGUAAUGUUCUUAUGAUAGUUACAUCAAUUUUAAUGGGUAUCAUGCUACUACGUGAAAUAAUUCAAAUAUUUAUUCUACGCUGGAGAUAUAUCUCAUUGGAGAAUAUACUCGAAGUUAUCAUAUUCUUAUUUACGUCUGUUGUCAUAGCGGUAGAUGGCAGUAUUGAAGGAGAUAUGAGGCAUAUGUGUGUGUUGUUAGUUUUUUUGUCCUGGAUGGAGCUGGUGCUGUUAACAGGACGACUUCCUUUGUGGUCUGUCCAGUAUGAAAUGUUAAAAACAGUGCUGUUUACAUUCCUCAGGUACUUUUGUUGGUUCCUUCUGAUUAUUAUUGGUUUUUCCAUGUGUUUCCACGUGCUGUUCUAUGGGGGCGAACAUGAUCAGACAUUCGUGAUGCCGUGGUUCUCUCUUGUGCGAACUAUUGUUCUGGCUACAGGGGAGUAUGAGUUCAAAGACUUGCCUCUGGAACUUCUCUCGGGCACCAGUCACGUCGUCCUGGUCGUGUUCGUUCUGAUUGUUUCGCUUGCCAUGCUGAACUUACUUAACGGUUUGGCAGUCAGUGAUACACAGGCCAUCAAAGAAAAGGCGCUGUUUCUUAGUGUUGUUUCCACCAUACGUCUCAUCAUGCUGUUUGAGGACAUUUAUGUUUCGACUAACUCUACCGUGUUUUACCCCACCAGUCCUUCAACAAGCCACUUCAAAUUCUUCGCCCUCUUCCCUGAAGCUACGUCCAGAGAUGACACGUGCUUUGAAGUCAUGCCGAACUUGAAGGUCACCGGAACUCCGUUACAUUCGAACUUAAACUGGGAAUGCAUAGCGCGGGAAGUGCGUCUGUGGUUUCGACACGUGCUUCGCUGGAUUAAGGGUUCUGACAUGGACUCUGACAUCGUCCAGUCCGCGAUGGACAUCCUGAAUCGAAGGCACGAAACACUCUGCCUGGAAACCAUUAAAAGGCAGUUUGACGAUAAGAUUAAUGAAUACGAGAUUAAGCUCGCAUCCUUGGGUCGGAAGGUCGAAGAGAACAGCACUGCUGUUGAAGAUCUGGGAACGAAAACAUCUGCUGCGUUAUGUCGUAUGGAAAGAGAAAUGCAAAACUCGUGUGCGGAAAUCCUAUUACUUUUGCGAACCCUUCACGAAGACCAUUCAAACUUAACAAAUAACAUAGCUUUACAUAUAUAAGUAUUGUUAACGGUUUUAAUGUAGGCCUUAUGUGAAUGUAUAAAGUACUUAGCAUGUAUUUUGUAAUUUUUACUGUGUGUGUGCAAUUUUCAAUGUAGCAGUAUUAGUUGUUGCAUACAUCAACAUGUAUGCUUAGUAGUUUCAAUUAUUCUUAUAGUUUUUGUGAACACAACUCCAACUGUAGAGAUUUGUAUAGUAGUUUUAAAUAUGUUUAUAGUUUUUGUAAAUAUCUCAAUUUCUCAAGGUUUGUAUUGCUAUAAUUCUAUAUAUAUAAAAAAUAUUCAUUUUUAGAAGCUUUUUGUAAGUCAGAGAAUGAAGUUCUGCACAUUUUUGUGUAUGUUUUUAAAUAUAUAUAUAUUUC